GCUUGUUUCUGUCUGCAGGCGACAUGAAGCUCUGCCACCGCUGCUUGGUCCUCCUGCUCCUCUUCGCCUCCGUCUCGGCUCACAGGGACUUCUUCACCUCCAUCGGCCACAUGACGGACCUGCUGUUCAUGGAGAAGGACCUGGUUUCCUCUCUGAAGGACUACAUCAGAGCAGAGGAGGACAAACUGCAGCGAAUCAAACGGUGGGCGGAUAGACUGGACGCCCUGUCAGCUGCUGGCUCUCAGGAUCCUGAAGGUUUCCUGGGUCACCCGGUGAACGCCUUCCAGCUGAUAAAGAGGCUGAAUACGGAGUGGGCGGAGCUAGAGAGCCUGGUACUGACUGACGUGUCCGACGCGUUCGUCUCUAACCUCACCAUCCAGAGGCAGCACUUCCCAGGCGAUGACGACCAGACGGGAGCAGCCAAAGCUCUGAUGAGGCUGCAGGACACCUACCAGCUGGACACGGAGGCCAUCUCCAGCGGGCGGCUGCUCGGCUCUGAGGCGCUGCUGAGCAGCAGGCUGACCGUAGAGGACUGCUUUGACCUGGGGAGGGUGGCGUACGCCGAGGUGGAUUAUUACCACACGGAGCUGUGGAUGGCGCAGGCCUUAAAGCAGCUGGACCGAGGGGAGCGGUCCGGCACCGUGGACGCCGUCGCCAUUCUGGACUACCUCAGCUACUCCGUCUACCAGCAGGGGGAGCUGGAGAGAGCGCUCGACUUCACUAAGAGGCUGCUAGAGCUGGAUCCAUCCCACCAGCGGGCCAAUGGCAACCUGAAGUACUUCGAGUACCAGCUGUCCAAACAGAGGAAGAUGGAGGAUGAUGAUGAGGAGCAGCGGAGAUUAAAGAAGGAGAACCGGGGUCGCCGUGACGACUACCUGCCUGAGAGGAAUCAGUACGAGAAGCUGUGCCGCGGCGAAGGCGUCCUGAUGACUCCUGGCAGGCAGAGCCGCCUCUUCUGCCGUUACUAUGACAACGGACGGCACCCCAAGUUGGUGAUCGGACCGGUGAAGCAGGAGGACGAGUGGGACAGCCCGCACAUCGUCCGUUACCAUGACAUCGUGUCACGCAGAGACAUGGAGAAGGUGAAGGAGCUGGCCAAACCCAGGCUCCAUCGAGCCACCAUCUCCAACCCGGUCACCGGCGUCCUGGAGACGGCCCACUACCGCAUCAGUAAGAGCGCCUGGCUGGGAGCCUUCGAGCAUCCUGUGGUGGAGAAGAUCAACCAGCGGAUCGAGGCCGUCACGGGGCUGGACGUCAGCACGGCGGAGGACCUGCAGGUGGCGAACUACGGCGUAGGAGGACAGUAUGAGCCUCACUUUGACUUUGGACGGAAAGAUGAGCCGGAUGCGUUUGAGGAGCUGGGAACCGGGAACCGGAUCGCCACCUGGCUGCUCUACAUGAGCGACGUACAGGCAGGGGGCGCCACCGUCUUCACGGACAUUGGUGCAGCUGUCCAACCAAAAGAGGGCUCAGCAGUGUUCUGGUUUAACCUGCAUCCCAGUGGAGAGGGCGACUAUCGGACCCGACACGCUGCCUGCCCGGUGCUGCUGGGAAACAAAUGGGUUUCCAACAAAUGGAUCCAUGAACGGGGCCAGGAGUUCAGGAGGCGCUGCGGCCUUCGCUGGAUCGACUGACACUCCAUCCUCUCAAACGUUCUCCUCAUCUGAGCUGAGAGCUCAUCUGUGUGUGUGUGUGUGUGUGU